AACUGAACCAUGGAAAUGGAGAAGCAUACAAAAUGAUGGACUGUUGCGGAGAAGCCAACUCCAAUACAGCAAUGCGCCGGACCCCAAAUAAAAUUCGGAUGAAACGAGAAAGACAGAGUUUAGGAGACUUUCUGUCUCCUACAGAAACUGAACCUACCAAAGAUCGUAAUGUACUGGGUUUUUCUAUUGGAAAUUUGAAAGCAAAGGUACAAACGGACAAGAAUGCAGUCGAAAUGGAAAACUUGAAAACAAUUUACAAAGAAUACGAAUCAAGGUCAAGAAAAUUUGGUGGAUUCGAAAACACAUCUGGAUACGCUGUAGAACAAGGAAAAAAUACGUGCAAUUCUGCAAAUGGCAAUGAAUGUGGUAAAGAACUUUCUGAAUUUUUGUAUAAUCUGUGGACACAACAACAGCUCUGUGAUAUCGUUAUUCGUGUAAACGGGAAAGAAUUUUUAGCUCAUAAGCUGGCAUUAGCUGCCCACAGUGAAAAGUUCACAUCUCGAUAUUGUGAAAGACAAAGAUUACCAUCAACUUUGUCAGAAGUCAACCUCUUGAAUGCUACAAUUGAAGCUACUGAAGAAAUACUUAAUUUUAUUUACACAAAUCAUUUAAACAUUACAGAUGCAAAUGUAGACACGCUUCUCAGUUGUGCCAAGCAACUUGGGGUAUCAGGAGCAAUAUUCUUGUGUAGGCAACAUCUGUUGAACUUCGAUUCCAAAAAUGUAUUGUUUUCGAUGCAGAUUGCAGAAAAACAUGGCUUUAGUGAUGUUUUACAGAAAAUGGAAGCUUCGGUGUUCGAUAACUUUUCUGACAUUAGCAGAAAAGAGAGUUUUUUGCACAGCAACUACGAAAUGGUAAUAAAAAUAUUACAAAGAGACGCUUUAAGGGUUAAGGUUGGAAACGAGCUCGAAAUAUUCUUCGCCAUUGUUGCUUGGAUUGAUUUCAAUAGACAAGAGCGUCUUAGUUAUGCUUCUCAAAUUCUUCAAUGCGUUCGAUUUUCUAUUAUCUCUGCUGAGGACCUUGUUAAACACGUCGAACCACAGACAGAAAUAUUCAAAUUUCCAGAAUGCAAAGAGAUGUUAUACAUUGCAUUUAAGACACAGGCACUCGAAAAAAGAUCACCAAUGCACGCAAACCAAGAGAACAGAAGACACACUAAUCAAGUUCCAUGUAGCAUAACCGGUUACAAUUACACAGAACAAAAUCAGAGUUACUCCUGUAGAUCUGUACCAGCAUCUCGUAGACAUUCAACUGGUAGCGGCACAGGAUUUUCCCAGACAGGUCGAGAUUGUACACAAAAUGGAACUAGAGUGACACCGUCAAAGGAUAAACCUACUUCUCCAUAUGUUUCUCGUCGAGCUUCGAUCACUGACAACACAGAGCUAGUAAAUAAGAUUCAACAGAUGCCAAUGCACGUGAACCAAACGCCAAUGCACGUGAACCAAACGCCACAGACUAAGCGCAAACUUUAUCUAGGAGGAUCUAUGCAUCAACAACCAGCACAGUCAACAGCAUUAUAUGGCCCACAAUCAGCUCCUAUAAAACCUUCAACCAUUAUGGUAGUAGGUGGAAUCAAUCCUUACAGUCCAGACAGCACCUAUUCCAGUAAGCUAGUUGAGCAGUACAAUCCCCAAAACAAUACUUGGAAGGUAGUAUCUACACUCCCUGAACCAAGGCACCAUCUUGGCACUGCUAUACUAGACGGCUAUAUCUAUGUUGUUGCUGGUUCCAUUAUACUACCCGAUGAACAAGAGAACCUUGCUAAUCCUACAGACACGUGCUUCCGGUUUUGCCCUGAGGGAAAUUACUGGACACGUACAUCUUCUUUGAGAACAGCAAGAAUGUACCAUGGACUGGCAGUACUAGAGGGUGUUCUUUAUGCAGUGGGAGGACACAAUAUGGACGGAAGGUCUCUGAAUUCAGUUGAAUAUUACAAUCCUGAUACCGAUACUUGGGGAUUUACAGAAAGUAUGACAGAAGCAAAGAUUGGCAUGGCUACAGCUGGCUACCAUGGAUUACUGUACGUCGUUGGCGGCUUCUAUGAGUCAAUGAACGAUAAAAUCGUUCUUGAUACUGUCGAGUGUUAUAAUCCAAGGACAAAUAAUUGGACAGUAAAAGACCCAUUGCCUACUCCAUGCUGUCAUGCAAAUUUAGUAGUUGUCGAAGACAAGCUUUAUUUGAUCGGAGGAUCCAAUAUGUCAGAUACGUCGUCAGCUGUCACGAGUCUUUCCAGUGUGUAUUGUUACAACGAGGAGGACGACAUGUGGGAUAAGAUUACAGAUAUUAUGAUUCCAAGACAUGAUUGUGGCACAGCUACAAUAGGCUCGAAAAUCUACAUUAUUGGCGGCGUAAGUUCCCAGGAAGGAAGCGUUUUGGCGGAUGUGGAGUGUUUGGAUGUAGAUAGUCUGACCUUGGUAGAAUGCGAGCCGAUGGCAUAUCCGGCUUUAGGAAUUUCAUGUUGCAUUCUCCCUGGAGAAAACAAGAACUAAAUAUAUUUAUCAUUCAUUUAUUCCACUUUAUAAUUUUAGUUGUUACGUUCUUUUUGUUGAAUAUUUUUUAGAUAUAAGAAGACUAUAUCUUAAUUUAGACAACCGGAAGCUGCGCUAUAGCUAUCUAAUAAUUCGACUAUUUUACUUUCUUGGUAAAAAUGAACAGUAUUCGCUAUUUAGUAUCGGUACCCUUGGAUAGAACGAGAACCAACUUACUUAGUCCUCUUCGUGUAUUCUGUUGCACAUGAGGCCACCACAGAACUAAUUACUUAUCAUUUAUUUAUUCAACUUUAAAACUUGAGUUGCUACUUUCUUUUUGUUGUAUAUUUUGAAUAUUAAAGAAUUACUACAUUUUA